AUGGCAGACACGGCAAUGGAGGUGGGGUCAGAGGACCCGGCGCAGCAGGACGAGGCGUCAGUAUCUGUCUCCACGCCGCAGGCUGCAGAGGGAGAAGAAGUCGUGACGGUGGAGGAGCUGGAGGAGGAGCUGCGAGCAUCGCGGGCGGAGACGGCGGCGGCGCUGGAGGAGAUCACAGCGCUGACUCAGCAGUUGGCAACCUCGGUGCCCAGGGCACAGGCCCUCAUGGCUCGCAAGGACCUCGAGCGUCGCAUCGAUACUCUCACCAGGGAGAAUCAAGUGCUGACGGAGAAUGUGGAAAAGGAGCAGCGAGAGCGGGAGUGGUUGGAGGGCGAACUGAGGGCCCAAUACGAAGCAGCUGCAAGCUUAGAGAAGGAGAUGACCAACCUGCAGACCUUCGUCAGAAAUCUGCACGCCCUCGUCGAGGAGAAGACUAAGACCCUCGAUAUGCAGAAGGAGGAGCGGGAGAACAUGGCGCGGCUGCUGGAGGAAGGGAAGGAGGAGGUGGCGAGGCUGAAGAAGGACGCUCAGGGUCGCGCUCGGAUCCUGGCGAGAGUUGAGGCCGCCUACAGGGACUCCGCCAACAUCGUCAAGGUGAAGGAGGAGGACAUGAUGAGGCUACAGAAGGAAGCGGCGUCAGUCAGGCGCCAGUACGAACAGCUGGAGAAAACGGUGAGGCGGCAGGAACAGCGUCGAGCCGACGUGGAAGUCCAGUUUAAGAACAUCCGUAGCCAGCUGAAGGUGGUGGAGAAGCAGGCGGUGACGGAGGAGCAUCAGAGGCAGAAGGCGGCGAGGCAGGCGGACAAGCUCAAGAGAGAGAGAGAUGUGUUACAUCGCACCUACGUCAAGACCCUUGGUACGGUACAGAAGCACGCCGGGUUGAUCCACAUCAGGGAGCUGGAGCGCCAGAGUGUUGAGCGAGAGCUGAGUCGAGCACACCGAGACCUUGUGAAGCAGGACGGACUUAUCACCGCACUUCAGCACGUCAGAGACAGACAGAUGGAGGAGACGUCCCGUGUGGAGACACAGGUGGUGGAGCUGGCGGGGGAGGUGGAGACCCGGGGGAGGGAGCUGCAGCGGGUCGUCCACACCCAGGUGGUCACUGAGGCGCACCUACACCAGGCCUCCACCCUCGCUCAUGCUCUCAAAACCGACAACUUUAUCCUUGGCAGACAGCUGAGGAAUAUUAAGACAGAGAAGGAGGAGGUGAUGGAGGAAGCACGGAAAGCGGGCUACCUCGUCAACAAACUACAACGGAAUCUUGAUGCCCGUGACAGCGAUCUUCAGAAAAUCACAUCAGAGGUGACAGUGAUGGAGCAUGAGCAUGAGCAGCUAAGGGCAGCAGAGAAGGCAGCCCAGAGUGUGGCUAAGGAGAGGCAACGGGCUAUCCAGUACGCUGAGGGAGAGAAGCUGGGUCUCAACCACAUCCUUCAUGACCAAGAUACUGCCAUGAAAGCCAUCCAGAAGGACCUGGAAGAGGAGCAGGCUGGACGAGGUGUGGUGGCGACACAGCUGGCCAGACGUAACGAUGAGGUGUGGGCACUGAGGGAGCGGGUGAAGCUGCUGGAACAUGUUCUCCACAAGGGCAACAAGGACUACAUAAACCGCCUACAGGACAUAAACACACUCACCAAUGAGGUCAACGCUUUAAGAGAUGAGAGACAGGUGUUGUCCCGCCAUGUGAAACUCGUAGAGUCCCUCAAGGUGGAGUUGGUACGCCUCCAGAGGGAGCUGAUCGUAUCACAAAACAAGAGGGCCAUGUUGGAGGAAGAGAUCAUCCGCAGGGAGAAGUCCCACCGCUGGACCACUCUUAAGGCAUCUGACCCCAGCACAUAUGACCUCCUGCGCAAGAACCAGCUCUUGCAGAAGAGGUUGGUGGCGGCUACACAGAGAGUGGCAGCCAGUGAGGGCGAGGUAGCACAGAAGGAGCGGGAGGUGGAGGAGCUGAGGCGGGUAGUGGAGCGGUCGGCCAGCCAGCACCCUGAUGCAACUGCUGCUGUCAGAGCUCAUCUCACACACCAGCUCCGGGCCAAGGAAGACCAAGUCAAGAGUGUGACAGCAGCUUUGAACACAGCAGUGCUAGCCCAGGAGGAAGGGGAGCAGGAGCGGCGACACCUUAGAGAUCAAUUAGCAGCCACCAGACGCAAGCUGAAUGCAGUGCAACGGCGGCAGCAGAGACGAUUAGCAGGAGAGAGCCAACAGGAAGGUGAGGGUAGCAGAUGCCAGAUGGACACAAAUGGGGCUAGGAACAGUGAGGUGAACAGGGGUGAGGGCUGGGUGCCUCCUACACACACCACCUAACACUAAUUUAGCUGUCACUGUUAAUGCUGUGCUCUUGACCAAGUGGACUAAAUCACACCGGACCCUUUCCUACACAUCCAAAAUUGUUUCAUCUGGGAUCUGUUCCUUGCCCAUUUUUGACAACUUUUAAAGGUACUGUAUUGAUUUUUUUACUGAAAAUAUAUCAAGCAUUUCCAAUAUAUUAAAAAAAUGUUUAAAAUAUCAGUACUAUAAGCAAAAAAAAAAAAAAAUACACAACUGUAUAUACAAAAAUA